CAACACAAAUCACCACAAACACACAAUUCAAUAGAAGAAAAAAAGAUAAAUAAACAAAACCAAAAGAUGAAUGCCACAAAGUUUACUGUGUUUCUCGUUAUUGGUGUUUUGUGUGCCAUUGUCACCGCAAGGCAGGUCGAAGAAGUCUCCAAAGAGACCAAACUAGGCACCUCUAACUCAAAAGCUGCUACCAAAGGCAUUGGAGCUGAGCUUUCUGUUAAUGCCACCACUACAAGCUAUAGUGAUGGCUUUAGCUAUGCUAGUGCUAGUAGGAGUCCGAAAGGUCCACGCGCUGAUGCAUAUGGAACUGGCUACACGGCUACCAGCGGAGAUGUCGCUGCUAAGGGUCGCAAUGCCAAUGCUUCUUCUACCAGUGGUUCUUCCGGUCAAGGCGGCGCUGCAGCUGUCGCAAAUCGCAAAGGUGCUGCUGCAACUGGAAACGGUAACGCAGGUUCGGGAUCCACUGCGAAGGGACGCACGGGAAGCAAAGGAAAAAAGAAUUGA